GAACAUUGUGUAAAAUAUGGUGGUCCUGUGGGUUGCACUUGAAAGUAAAUAAAUAAAAACUGGCGAUCGGAAUGAGACGAGUUUAUUAGCAUAUGCCCAGAGGGCUUAUUUACAUACGGUAUGUAUAUAAACAGUCGGCUAAUCUGAUUCGUUUCAGAACCAAACUAGAAUAUGUUCCUUUCGGCGUUAAGUCUCUGGACUUUUUUAAGAGCAUGAAAUAGAUAGUGUACCGCUGAGUGAAAACCACGCAAAUCAUCAGGGGCGCGACCUUUUAUUUUUUUGGUUUUUUUUAGAGUUUUUUAUUUUUGUGUGCUUUUUGUUCCCCCUCCCAUUUUAGUGUGUAACGGUGUACUCGGUCAAGCGGCUCACCAUGGCCCCGUUAGCCGACAUCGCGAGCUACUUGGGCGGUCUGGAUGCUGGACACAUCGCGGCUCCGUUCUUCCUGCCCGCAGCUGACUCGCCGGUUCUCCUGAGCGAUCACCUCGCCCAGACCGAAAGCAGGUUAUCGCGAAGCACCACCACCGACUUGGUGCACUUGCAGGGGAUACUGCGAAGGAGACAGCUGUACUGUAGGACUGGCUUUCAUUUGGAAAUCCUUCCAGGUGGAACAGUGCAGGGGACCAGGCGGGACCAUAGCCCUUUCGGGAUCCUGGAAUUUAUCAGCAUUGCUGUGGGAUUGGUCAGCAUUAGGGGAGUGGAUAGUGGCCUCUACCUGGGAAUGAACGAUAAAGGAGAACUGUACGGCUCAGAGAAACUGACAGCAGAAUGCAUCUUCAGAGAGCAAUUUGAAGAGAAUUGGUACAAUACUUAUUCCUCAAAUCUGUACAAACACAAUGACACCGGAAGACGAUAUUUCAUUGCACUCAAUAAAGAUGGAUCUCCAAGAGAUGGAAGCAGAUCCAAAAGGCAUCAGAAGUUUACACAUUUCUUGCCAAGACCUGUGGAUCCUGAGAAAGUACCUGAACUCUAUCGAGAUUUAUUAGGAUAUAGUUGAAGCUGUUCAGCACCUGAUGAAGAAGAAUUAUUUAAUCUUUCUUCACAGAAACAAGGAUGUAGAACAACAGCUUCUUACAGCUGUAAGUAAUUUGGAGAGAGGAUGCCCUCUCUGAGAUGUGGCCUUAGUUUCUUCAAGUACGAAGCACUAAAAGUGUGUAAAUCAGCUGCUUCAUCGAUGACCUUCAGUCUUCAGAAGUUAGAAGUGCACAAUUUUCAGUGUCAUUCUUCACUAUUCAGAACGGAAGCAACGUGUGUCCAAAUGCUACAAGGCCUUGACAACAUCCAGACUUGAUCUCAAAGUGGCAAGGAUCAGAUAAUAACCAUUUCUAACCACUUUCCCAUGACAUUCAAUGGCAUUACCAUUGCUGAAAACCACUAUGAGUAUCAUUGGGAUUACUAACGUCAGAGUUAUCAUUGACUAGAGAUUAAAUUAAACUAACAGCAGCUCAGAGAUUAGGAAUUCUUUGACUCACUUCCUGAUUCCCCAGAGCUAGUUUGCCAUCUACAAGCACAAGAGAUAUGUUGGAUAUUUUCUACUUGCUUGAAAAAAUGCAGCUCCAAUAACACUCAAGAAGGACAAAACAACACCACGUAGGACAGGACAACUAGUUCGAUUGUAUGCCACCCAUCACUGUCAAUAUUCUCCCUCCACCAUUGAAACAUAGUGGUAGCAGUAUUUACCAUCAACAAGAUGCAUCACAGUAACUCAUCAAGGCUGCUUCAACAGCAUAUUCUAAACUUGUGACCUCUACCAUCUAGGACAACAAGGAUACCACCACCAUUUGCAAGUUCAACUCAAAGUUACAUGCUAUCCUGACUUAGAACUACAUGCCAAUUCUUCUUUGUCACUGCAUCAAAAUUCUGGAACUCCAAACAUAACAGGUCUGUUGGUGUCCCUAUAGUAUGAUGAGCCGUGGUUCAAGAAUGGCAUACUACUAACUUAUCAAUGGCAAAUAGGGAUGGACAACAAAUGCUGGCUGAGCCUACAAUACCUACAUUAUCUGAAAGAAAAAAAAGUAUCUGGUCCAGAUUUUAUUCUUUACAUUUAUGAGUUUACAAGUUAUUGAUAUCAGUAAUGUUAUAUUUUAGCAGCAGAUGAAGGGAGGUGGCUUGAUUUGAUCAUAAACUUCAAUAUGUCCUGCUGCCAGUGCCUUCUUUUUGGGAUUCACAUAAUAGUUACACUAACUUGUUUCUUCAUGUAACUGGAAAAAAUAUCACCUUGGUAAAAUGUCAACUGUGAAGAGCACUACCAGACUUUUCACUCUUACCACAGAAUAUCACCACAAUGAAAGAGUAACUUCUAGUGCAUUGACAUGACCGGCAUCCAAAAAAUAUGGGCAGAACCUUAACUCACAUUGUCUUGGGCAACGUUGGAUGUAUUUAUACAAUUCCAAAUCACAUAUAUUUAUUUUAUAUAAUUAUUUAUUAAGAAGAGUUUAUUUUUACUGAGAAAUGUACAGGUGAGAUUUAAAAAAAGCACAACAUGAACUGUGCCAUUAUUCACUCAGAGGAUCUUUCAAUGCAAACAGCGAUUACUACAUUGUGGAACAAGAGGUUUCAUCCAUAGACUUUCCUUUCAGAGACAUUUUAUUAUUUGUAAUAAUCUAAUGUGUAGCUGUUUCUUGACUGUAACAUGAGAGAAGCACACGUUUCAUUUCAUUUUAUA